AUGGAUGAGAAUUUCAUAGUAACCCUUAUAAAUCCAUUCUCUAGGGUUAAAGGGAGGAGAGCAAAAGAAAAUUCAGUCAUCACCCUUCCUGCAUUGGAGCCCAGGAAUGAACUUGAUUCAGAAAUUCAUGUUUUCAGGGCUACAAGUUCAGCAGACCCAAUCUCAAAUGCAAAGGAUUGCACGGUUGCAGUCAUAUAUGGUUACUUAACGCAGCUGGCUUUUAUAAGACUUCAUAAAGAUACGACAUGGACUUUUAUUUACGCUGGAACUAGAAAUGUUCAAGAUCUUGUUUAUGUUGAAGAUAGAUUCUUUGCCAUCAAUGAUCUUAACCAACUAGAGUCUUUUGCUGUUACCCCUCAAUUCAAUCCGAAGGAAGAAAUAACAGUGGUUGCAGAAUAUUUUGAACAAGAGGCAGCAGUCAUUAAGAGAUAUCUGGUGGAGUUGAGUGAUCGUAAAGAACUAAUAAUGGUACAAAGGUAUACGGCGAACAGACAUAACAUACAUGGCAAGCGUUUCACAACAAAAAUCGAAUUGUAUAAACUUGACGCUGACAAGUAUAAGUGGACCAAGAUAAACAGUUUGGGUGGCGCUGCUAUCUUCUUGGGGGAGAACUCGUCCAUAUCGUUGUUGGCCUCGGAGGUGUUAGGGUGUCUGCCGGAUUGCAUAUACUUCGUACACGAUUAUAAUAGAGUACCUUGUAAGCGACCCCGUGAUUUUGGUUUGUAUAACGUCAAAACAGAAAAGUUCUUACCAAUUGAUGACACGCAAGCGGCAACCUUAAUCAAGAUGAGCAACCAGACUCCAAUUUGGAUUGUGCCAAACAUCAAGUUGUAA